GCACUCGCUUCCGGGCCCGGACGCCAUUUCUAGCGGUUGUGGUUUCUCACGGAUUGUAUUCCGCUAGGACAAUGAGCGAUGAUCACCAUCGGAACUGGGGCCGCGAUGGGGAUCCCCGCAGCUCCAGUGAGAACUAUGAACGGGGCCCUGGAGGGAGUCACGGAGGUAGCCGAGGCUCCGGAGGCGGCGGGGGCGGCGGCGGUCGAGGCGGCAGGGGCCGGCAUCCCGGGCAUCUGAAAGGCCGCGAAAUCGGCUUGUGGUACGCGAAAAAGCAGGGACAGAAGAAUAAGGAAGCGGAGAGAAAGGAGAGAGCUGUCGUACACAUGGAUCAACGGCGAGAAGAACAGAUUGUGCAGCUGCUGAAUUCUGUCCAAGCUAAGAAUGAUAAAGAUUCAGAAGCACAUAUAUCUUGGUUUGCUCCCGAGGAUCAUGGAUAUGGUAGUGAAGUUUCUGCUAAAAACAAACCAAGCUCAGAGAAGAAACAUGAUAACCAGGAUAAGAAAUUUAUAGACCAAGAAAAAAGGACAUUUAGAAUUAGUAACAAAUCAUAUAUUGACCGAGAUUCUGAGUAUCUCUUGCAAGAAAAUGAACCAGAUGUAACCUUAGACCAACAAUUACUGGAAGAUUUACAAAAGAAGAAAAGUGACCCUCGGUAUAUCGAGAUGCAGCAUUUCAGAGAAAAGCUGCCUUCAUAUGGAAUGCAAAAGGAAUUGGUAAAUUUAAUUGAUAACCAUCAGGUGACGGUAAUAAGUGGUGAAACUGGUUGUGGAAAAACCACUCAAGUUACUCAGUUCAUUUUGGAUAGCUACAUUGAGAGACGAAAAGGAUCUGCUUGCAGGAUAGUUUGUACCCAGCCAAGAAGAAUUAGUGCCAUUUCAGUUGCAGAGAGAGUGGCUGCAGAAAGGGCAGAAUCUUGUGGCAAUGGUAAUAGUACUGGAUACCAAAUUCGUCUCCAGAGCCGGUUGCCAAGGCAACAGGGUUCUAUCUUAUACUGUACAACAGGAAUUAUCCUGCAGUGGCUCCAAUCAGACCCACAUUUGUCCAGUGUCAGUCAUAUUGUACUUGAUGAGAUUCAUGAAAGAAAUCUACAGUCAGAUGUUCUAAUGACUGUUAUGAAAGAUCUUCUCAACUUUCGAUCUGACCUCAAAGUAAUAUUAAUGAGUGCAACAUUGAAUGCUGAGAAAUUUUCAGAAUAUUUUGGUAACUGUCCAAUGAUACACAUACCCGGUUUUACUUUUCCAGUUGUGGAGUAUCUUUUGGAAGAUAUAAUUGAAAAAGUAAAGUAUGUUCCAGAAGAAAAAGAACAGAGAUCCCAGUCUAAGAGGGGUUUCAUGCAAGGGCAUGUAAAGAGGCAAGAUAAAGAAGAAAAAGAAGCGAUCUAUAAAGAACGCUGGCCAGAUUACCUAAGAGAACUGCGGACAAAGUAUUCUGCAAGUACAGUAGAUGUUAUAAAAACGAUGGAUGAUGAUAAAGUUGAUCUGAAUUUGAUUGCUGCUCUUAUCCGAUACAUUGUUUUGGAAGAAGAGGAUGGUGCAAUAUUGGUCUUUCUACCAGGUUGGGACAAUAUCAGCACUUUACAUGAUCUUUUGAUGUCACAAGUGAUGUUUAAAUCAGAUAAGUUUCUAAUUAUACCUUUACAUUCACUGAUGCCCACAGUUAAUCAGACACAGGUGUUUAAAAAAACCCCUCCUGGCGUUCGGAAAAUAGUAAUUGCUACCAACAUUGCUGAGACUAGCAUUACCAUAGAUGACGUAGUUUAUGUGAUAGAUGGAGGAAAAAUAAAAGAGACACACUUUGACACUCAGAACAACAUCAGUACGAUGUCUGCUGAGUGGGUUAGUAAAGCUAAUGCCAAACAGAGGAAAGGUCGUGCUGGAAGAGUUCAGCCUGGUCAUUGCUAUCAUCUCUAUAAUGGUCUUAGAGCGAGUCUUCUAGAUGACUAUCAACUGCCAGAAAUUUUGAGAACACCUUUGGAAGAACUCUGUUUACAGAUAAAGAUUUUAAAGCUAGGUGGAAUUGCUUAUUUUCUGAGUAGGUUAAUGGAUCCACCAUCGAGUGAGGCAGUGCUGCUCUCCAUAAGACACCUGGUAGAACUGAACGCUUUAGAUAAACAGGAAGAAUUGACACCUCUUGGAGUCCACUUAGCACGAUUACCAGUUGAGCCACAUAUUGGAAAAAUGAUUCUUUUUGGAGCUCUGUUCUGUUGCUUAGACCCCGUACUCACUAUUGCUGCUAGCCUCAGCUUCAAAGAUCCCUUCGUCAUUCCCUUGGGAAAAGAAAAGAUUGCAGAUGCAAGAAGAAAAGAAUUAGCAAAGGAUACUAGAAGUGACCAUCUGACAGUUGUGAAUGCAUUUGAGGGCUGGGAAGGAGCUCGGCGUCGUGGAUUCAGAUAUGAAAAAGACUAUUGCUGGGAAUAUUUUUUGUCUUCAAACACACUGCAGAUGCUGCAUAACAUGAAAGGACAGUUUGCUGAGCAUCUUCUCGGAGCUGGAUUUGUAACCAAUCGAAACCCUAAAGAUCCAGAAUCCAAUAUAAAUUCAGAUAAUGAGAAGAUAAUUAAAGCUGUCAUCUGUGCUGGUUUAUAUCCCAAAGUUGCUAAAAUACGACUAAAUUUUGGUAAAAAAAGAAAAAUGGUGAAAGUUUACACAAAAACGGAUGGCGUAGUUGCUAUUCAUCCUAAAUCUGUGAAUGUGGAGCAAACAGACUUUCACUACAACUGGCUUAUCUAUCACCUGAAGAUGAGAACAAGUAGUAUAUACUUAUAUGACUGCACAGAGGUUUCGCCAUACUGUCUCUUGUUCUUUGGAGGUGAUAUUUCUAUCCAGAAGGAUAAUGAUCAGGAAACUAUUGCUGUAGAUGAAUGGAUUGUCUUUCAGUCUCCAGAAAGAAUUGCCCAUCUUGUUAAGGAAUUAAGAAAGGAACUAGAUACUCUUCUGCAAGAGAAGAUCGAAAGUCCUCAUCCUGUAAAUUGGAAGGAUACUAAGUCCAGAGACUGUGCAGUACUGUCAGCUAUUAUAGACUUGAUCAAAACUCAGGAAAAGGCAACUCCCAGGAACUUUCCACCAUGAUUCCAGGAUGGAUAUUGCAGCUGACAACUUGACAACUUUUCUGUGGUGGCCUAAAAAGCCAGUUUGACAGCCAUCCCCAUCAUAGUUUUAAAUUUUUGGCAAGAUGUCAAACCCUGGGACAUGACUAAUUUUCCUUUGUAAGGUAGAAAUCUUCAGUAGGUAGUAAAGACUUAAUGUGCAUGAUUUAAUGAUACCUGUAACUAUUAUAAAUAUACCAUAAAAAGCAGUAUGUUCUCUGGUCAUAUACUCUGUUGUGGUAUAUCGACAGUAUAUUCCCCUCAUAUAAAUUGAGUAUUGUACCACUUGAGAAAUUUCUUUGUUCUGUUAUACAAAAUUAGUCUUUCUAUCCAUAAUGAUUUGAGUAUGGAUCCAGUAAAAAUAGAAUGGUUAGCCAAAAAGCAGUGUCAAGUAAGCAUUUGAAUAUAACCAUAUUUUUUAAAUGAAACUUCUAUCAGAAGUAAAUUAAGUUGUUGUAAUAAAGUUCAUUAUUUAAUAAAAUGUACAAUGUGUAAAUCUCA